AUGGCAGUUGUUUCUUCAAUAGCAGGGGCCAAGGGCAAGGGCAAAAAGCCCAAGAGAUUCUUAGAAUCACAGGAUACCCUGGACCUCGCAGUAUCCAUCGGGGAACUGCAGGAAUCCAAAUCUAAGAGCAGAUCUGACCGGCGCCAUACACAGCUUGUGCGCCCCGAAAGUACAAGGAUUGAGAAGAAGUCUUCCAAAAGUAGAAUUAAAGAGAAGAAAGCCAUCUUGGCAGCGGAGCGCUCAAAGCACAAGAGAGAGAAGGCAAAAUCUCGGAGGCAAAUAGCAUCACACACGGGCACAGGACACAAAACAAGUGACGACCAGAAAGAGCGACCAUCCACGGAUCGUUCAGCGACACGGAAACGUGUUUCAUUCGCAUAG